UUACGCAAUGCAUCACCGUCACCGACAUUUCCCUCGUAGAGAUCUCUUUUCAUUAGUCUCUGUUUUCACUCUGUUUUGACAACUGCCGUAAAACUUGCUCUUUGAGAUUGGGAGGUUAUAAAGGGUUCUCAUUCCGUUGUUUGCUGACACCAUGAAUCAUUGACAAUAGAAGGAUGGUUUCAAUGGGGUGGUGUUGCUUGUUUUUGCUUUUCUGUUUUGUAUGGAGUUUCUAUGUUCCUGGUACUCAUCAACUGCAAUCCUCUCAAACCCAAGUCCUUCUUCAGCUUAGAAAGCACUUAGAGUACCCAAAGCAAUUGGAGAUUUGGAAUGAUCAUACCAAUGAUUUUUGCUCUUUAUCUUCAGUACAAGUUAACAUCACAUGCCAAGAAAAUUUUGUGACUGAGCUCAGAAUUAUGGGUGAUAAGGCUACAAAAGUUUGGGACUUCAAUGGGUUUGCAAUUCCCAAUCAAACUUUGUCGGAGAGCUUCUCCAUGGAUUCUUUCGUGGCCACCCUGGCAAGGCUAACCAGCUUGAGAGUUCUUAGUCUGGUAUCUUUGGGCAUUUGGGGUCCACUGCCGGACAAAAUUCAUAGACUGUCUUCAGUUGAACACCUUGAUUUGAGUUCAAAUUUUCUUUUUGGUUCAAUUCCUUAUAAGAUUUGUACAAUGGUGAAGCUUCAAACUCUCAAACUGGACGGCAAUUUCUUUAAUACUUCCCUCCCCACUUGGUUUGAUUCCUUAUCUAAUCUGACAGUUCUAAGCUUGAGGAACAACCGGCUUAAAGGUCCAUUUCCAUCUUCAAUCUUGAGUAUCCCCACUCUCACAGAUCUUAUCAUCUCAAGCAAUGACAUGUCUGGGGAAUUGCCACAUCUCAGUAGCUUAAAUAGAUUACGUGUGCUGGAUUUGAGUGCAAACAAAUUACAUUCUGUGCUACCUCAAAUGCCCAAAGGAGUCGUCUUGGUCUUCCUCAACAACAACUCCUUCUCGGGUAAGAUUCCUGAGCAAUAUGGCCGGUUAAGUCAGCUCCAACACAUGGAUAUGUCAUUCAAUGUUCUUAGGGGGACACCUCUAGCUGCACUUUUCUCUUUGCCCAAUAUCACUUAUUUGAAUAUUGCAUCAAACAUGCUUAGCGGGUCACUUCCAGGCCACCUAAGCUGUGGCAGCAAACUUGAGUUCGUUGAUAUAUCAAACAAUAGGUUGAUGGGUGGAUUGCCUUCUUGUUUAAGGGCCAACUCCGAAAAGAGAGUGGUUGAGUUUGAGGGGAAUUGCUUAUCCAAUGAUCUAAGGCAUCAGCAUGCAGCAGAAUCAUAUUGUGAGGAAGUCGUCAACGUGAAGAAACAAUCCAAAGGCAAAAAUGCUGGAAUUUUAGUGGGUGUAAUUGUAGGAAUCGUUUUAUUUAUGGUGUUUCUGGCUUUGGGAUUUCUAUUUUUGUGGAGAUGCUAUUGUCCUCGAGGGACAUCGGAGCAGCAUUUGUUGCAGAACGCAGUGCAAGAUAGCUCGGCAGCUGGGUUCUCCUCUGAGCUUCCAGCAAAUGCAAGGUUUGUUUCUGAGGCUGCAAAGUUGGGCAUGCAAGGUCUCCCAGCGUGUCGGUCUUUCAGUUUAGACGAGUUAAAAGAAGCGACAAACAACUUUGACAGCUCUGCCUUUAUGGGAGAAGGCUCAUGUGGAAAGCUUUACAGAGGAAGAUUAGAGAAUGGGAACCAAGUUGCUAUUAGGUGUUUGCCUUGUUCAAAGAAAUUUUCACUUCGAAAUCUAAAACUCAGGUUGGAUUUGCUUGCAAGGCUUCGCCACCCACAUUUGGUAGGCCUUUUGGGGCACUGUGUUGAUGUUGGUGGAAGAGAUAAUUGCAGUGUGAACAAUGUCUUUCUCAUAUCAGAAUAUAUUCCCGGUGGGAGUUUUCGAACUUAUCUUGCAGAGAAUAGCUGCAGAAAGGUUUUCAACUGGUCAGAGAGAUUGUCAGUUCUAGUCAGUGUUGCCAAGGCUGUGCACUUCCUACAUGUUGGAGUUAUUCCUGGUUUCUUCAACAACAGAUUGAAGACAAAUAACAUUCUGAUCAAUGAGCAUUGGAUGGCAAAGUUGAGUGACUAUGGGAUGUCCAUUCUCUUGGAAGAAACUGACAAAUUUGAGGCAAAAGGAGAAGGUCAUAAAUCAUGGCAAAUGAAAAAAUUAGAGGAUGAUGUUUAUGCUUUCGGAUUCAUCUUACUGGAGGCAGUUGUUGGAUCUUCAGUAUGUGCUAGAAGAGAGUCCUUUUUGCUAAAUGAGAUGGCAUCUUUGAACAGCCAGGAUGGCCAGAAACGUAUAAUUGACCCAAUUGUGCAAGCCACUUGCUCGCAAGAAUCCUUAUCAAUUGUGAUUUCCAUAGUGAGCCGAUGCAUUUCUCUGGAAUCAUGCAGCCGUCCCUCUAUUGAGGAUGUCCUUUGGAAUUUACAGUAUGCAGCUCAAAUUCAGGCAACAACAGUUGAUGGUGAACAAAGACAUGACACUGCAUCACAUAAAUGAUUUAUCCUCUUCUUCAUAUCAUAUUCUUCUUCCUUUUUUAGAUGUGACUCAACUCUGUGCAAACUCGAUCUAUAUAUGAUCAGAUUUGUAUUUCUGUAAUUGUCAUAUCAGUGGUAGAGAAUCAAUUCAGUCCCAAAUCAAUGGUAGACUUUUCUUCCUUGGAAAA